UAGCUAUUCUUGGAUUGCACAGUAUGCUAAAUCAAGAUCAAUAUUAUGCAUCUCUUCUAAAUAAAGGACAAAAGUUGGGUGAUAAAUUUGAAAGUGCUGUUCGUUCCACACAACACAAAUUAUUGCCUUUAGAACCUGAUAAUGCAACUGAUGUUGAUAAGACUAUUGAACAAGUUUGCCAAAAUGAUUCUUCACUUAAAUCUCUCAAUUGGAAUAAUAUAAAGAAUAUUUCUAAGGAGAAAUUUCAAAGAUUAUUCAAAGGUUUAGCUAAAAAUACCCAUUUGAAGUCUUUAAGUGUAGCCAAUACAGGUCUAACUGAUAGUCCUACUGAGUUGCUUGUUGAAGCUUUAAAAGAGAAUACUGCUUUAAUAAUCUUAAAUGUAGAAUCAAAUUACAUAAGUAAUAUUAUGGUAAAAAAUAUUAUUGAAGCCAUUAAUAAGAAUCAGACUGUGAUAGAAUUUCGAGCUGCAAAUCAGGGUUGCAGUGUUCUUGGGAAUAAAUUAGAAAUGGAAAUUGCAGAAUUAAUUGAACAUAAUAAUACAAUGUUACGAUUAGGACUGCACUUUGAAAUCACAAAUGCAUGUAUGAGAGUUGCAGAACAGUUGCAGAUAAAUUAUGACAAAGUUCGAGUUAAAAGAGUGGGAGAUGACAAAUAAUUGGUAUAAAAUUUUAUUUAUUAUAUCAAAUAAAUUUGUGAAUUUUAGACUCUAAGCAAAUAUUAACACUGUUUUAAAAAUCUAUGGAAAUAUUUUGUAUGUAAAUACAAAAGUUUUUACAUCUGCAAAUGAGAAUACUUGAUGCAGUCAAAGUAUCAAUUACAAUAUUUUGUUAGAAAUACCAUAAAGGUGCCUUAUACAUAAAUUUGUUAAUCUGUAUAAACAGUAUUUUGUUUUCAAUAAAAAGAAAAUAAUAUGAA